UUGCCUUGUUUGGUAUUAUUCUAAAGUGAUGAACGCGAUCUAUUACUAAUCUUAUUAGUUUUAAUUUUAUUUAAUUCGUAUAUCAUAAAAUAUGGAAAAUGCGAUAAAUUCGUCAUUACUGUAUACAUCAAUAUACGAUGAAGAGAUCAUGAAAAGUUUUGAAAAUAAUUUUUCAAGAAUUAAAGAAGAAUGUUAUUUAGAUCAUGCAGGGACAACAUUAUAUUCUGAUACACAAAUAAAAAAUGUUGCUUCUGAUUUAUAUAAUUCACUUUAUGCUAAUCCACAUUCUAUUGGAACUGCAAGUAAUGUGACCCAAGAUAUUAUAGAGCAUAUGAGAUAUCAAAUUCUAGAUCAUUUUCACACAUCUGCCGAUGAAUAUAGUAUUAUUUUCACAUCAGGUGCAACUGCAUCCUUAAAGAUAAUAGCUGAUACAUUCUUAUUUAAUAAAGAUGAAAAAAAUGUUUCCAAUCCUGGCCAUUUUGUUUACACACAAGAUAAUCAUACUUCAGUUCUUGGUAUGAGAGAAAUUGUUUGUAAAAAAGGAGCAAAAAUAACAUGUUUAAAUCAUAAUAAUGUUUUUGAAAUCUUCAAUUCUUCUUCAAAAUCAAUUAGUUCCCAUUCACAACAGAACAAUUUAUUCAAAACUAAUUCACUUUUUGUUUAUUCUGCCCAAUGUAAUUUUUCUGGAUUAAAAUAUCCUUUAACAUGGAUUAAAGAUGUACAUAAUGGAGUUUUAUCUAAUGUAAUUUCUAAUACAUCUACAAAGUGGUAUGUCUUACUUGAUGCUGCUGCUUUUGCAUCAACAAAUGAGUUAAAUUUAUCUAUUUUUAAACCAGAUUUUGUUUGUUUAUCUUUUUAUAAAAUGUUUGGAUAUCCUACUGGAAUUGGUGCAUUAUUAGUAAGAAAUGUUAGUGCAAAUGCACUUCAAAAAAUUUAUUAUGGAGGUGGUACUGUAAAUGUAUCUUUAAGCUCUGAAUUAUUUCAUAUAAAACGACAAAAUCUUCAUCAAAGAUUUGAAGAUGGUACUAUACCAUUUCUUUCUAUAAUAUCUUUAAAAUAUGGUUUUGACAUAUUAUCAUUCAUCACAAUGGAAAAGAUUUCCAAACAUGUAUUUUCUCUUGCAAAAUUUUUAUAUACAUCCUUGCUAAUGCUUCACCAUAGCAAUGGAAGACCAGUUGCAAAAUUAUAUUCUGAUACAGUUUAUGAUAAUCAUGAUAUGCAAGGAGGUAUUGUUGCUUUUAAUCUUAUACGAUCUAAUGGUGAAUAUAUAGGAUAUAUGGAAGUUUUAAAUAUGGCAGCAUUAUUUAAAAUACAUUUAAGAACUGGUUGCUUUUGUAAUCCUGGUGCAUGUCAAAGACAUUUAGCACUAUCAAAUAAAGAAAUUCUUCAGAAUUAUGAAGCUGGUUAUGUUUGUGGAGGUUCUACAGAUUUAAUAGAUGGUAAACCAACAGGUGCUAUAAGAGUAUCAUUUGGAUAUAUGUCAACAAUUAAAGAUGUUCAAACAUUAUUAGUUAUGAUUAAAGAAUGUUUUGUUGAUGGAUCACCAAUAAAUAAAAUUCCAGAUUGGUGGUUAGAUUAUAAAACAUUUUUAUAUAGAAAAUAUAAUCCACAUGAUGAAAAAAUAAAAGAUACAAUAAAAGAUACAAGAAAAUAUGUGAUACAUAAUAAUGCAACUGAAAUUAGUAAUAACUUACAAGAUAGAAAAAAAGAAACAUUAACACAUAUUAUUAAUGAUAAUCCAAUUUUUAAACUAAUAACAAACACUAGUAUAAUUAAAAAAGAAUGUACUUUAGAACAAUUAUAUAUAUAUCCAAUAAAAUCAUGUGCUGCUUAUAAGAUAACAAAUUCUUGGAAUUUAAAUUCAAAAGGUUUAGAAUAUGAUAGAGAAUGGAUGAUUAUUACAUCUUCUGGUACUUGUUUAACACAAAAACAACAUAUUAAUCUUUGUUUGUUAAAACCAAUUAUAUUUAAAGAAAAAGGGAUUAUGCAAUUACAUUAUCCAGGAAUGCCUAUUAUGGAUAUUCCUUUAGAUAAUUCCAUAAAUGAAACUAUAUGCCAAAGUAGAGUAUGUGGACAUAAAGUACAAGGUACUGAUUGUGGUUCAGAUGUUUCUAAUUGGAUAAGUUUAGCAUUAGGACUUCCAAAUUUGAGACUUAUAAAACAAAAUAAUAAUAAUAAUAAAAAAAAGGCUAAUAUUAAAUCUGAAUUAUCAUUUUCUAGUCAAGCUCAAUUUUUAUUAAUAAACAAAGCAAGUGUAUUAUGGCUUAGUGAUAAAGUACGUGAUAAAGAAGUGCAAAAAGACACAAUUAUACAUAGAUUUAGAGGAAAUAUAAUAAUAAGUGGUUGUGAAGCUUUUGAGGAAACACAAUGGAAACAUAUUUAUAUUGGAAAAAAUAGUUUUAUGAUAAUAGGACCAUGCACUAGAUGUCAAAUGAUUUGUAUUGAUCAAACCACUGGUGUAAAAACAGUAGAACCACUACGUACACUUACAGAACAAUUUCACGGAAAAAUGAAAUUUGGUAUUUAUUUAAGUAAAGAAAAUAAAGAAAAUGGAAUUAUUACUGUUGGAGAUACCGUUUAUAUUUCAUAAUUGAAUAAUUAAUAUCAUUGUUAUU